AUGAGCACUGCGAGCGUCCAAAAUUUGGAGGAAGCUGUCACGAUAGCGUCGGAAUUCAUAAUGACCCUUGAUAACUUACCCAGCGAAGUACAAUUUCUUCUGCAAGAGCUUCGCUCGAAAGAGACCGAUUCUCAAGACAUUCAGAAUGAUCUAGCCAAAGAAGCUCAUAAAUAUAUGCGACAUUCCCUACGAUCGGACGGUACGGACCCCGCCUCGAAAGAGAAGGAUAGAACGCUAGCACCACCAACUGAGAAACUGAGGGAUGCUCAAGAGAAACUUUCAGCGCUUUCAGACGCGAAAAUUGCUCUGGCCUCUCGUAUUGUUGACCUACUAUCCAGGAAGCGGGCUCGGUUAGAAUAUGAUCUGGGGCGUGUCCUUGUUCUACAAGGAGAAACGGAUCCAGCAUCUGUUUUCGCUGGUGCUGCAGCUUCGACUCCAGUCUCUGUAUCGGGACUUGGUAGUGGCACUGCCGGCUAUGUGCUUGGAGGACGCAAUCCAGCCGCUCAAAUUAAUGAAAGCUUGCGAAACGCGUUCGCUGGCGGUACCGCCACCCCUCUGGUAGGUGGCUCAGGAAGCAUGGUUUCUGUCGGAGGGCGUGCUUCGGUUACUGGGGAAGACAAUGCAUUUAAAAAACGGAGAUUGAUGGCGACGCAGGGCUCUAUCAAGCUACCAUCACCCGCGCCAUCUGCCUAUGUUCCAUCUACUCGGGGCCGCCGGAGAAGACGGGGAGCUUCAUCUGAGGCUGAGGACUUCGAUUUCGAUUAUGGAGAUGAAACCCAAGGUGCAGAAGAAGCAGAAGAAGGUGACGGUGAAGAGGGUGAAGAUGGCGAAGAUAAGGAACUGUACUGCUUCUGUCAGAAGUUGAGUUAUGGAGAAAUGAUCGCGUGUGACAACCCAGAUUGCCCGUAUCAAUGGUUUCACCUCCCUUGCGUCAACCUCAAACAACCACUCCCCGAGAGUUGGUUCUGUGAUGACUGCCUUAGAAAGAUGGGUCCUCCUGCGUCCGGUCCUGGUCGUAAGGGCCGGAAGAAAUAG